CUUGCACCGACAUCAAGCGGCUUCGAUUUCGCAUAAGUUUCUGGCCAUUUCAGCAUCUCGCGGUCCGGUAGUCACCAGUAACUCAAAUAAUUCUCUCCAGCAGAUUUUCACUCUCAAGCACAACCAUGGCAGCUUCAUUGAAGAACAGCAAGUUGGCCUUCAUUGGCGGGGGCAACAUGGCCUCUGCCAUCAUUGGAGGGCUGGCCAACCAGGGCAUCGACAAGCAAAACAUCAUUGUCUCCGAGCCUUGGGAUGUCAACAGAGAGAAGAUUGCAGCUACCGGUGUGCGGACAACUACCUCCAACGUCGAGGCUGGCCAGGAUGCGGAUCUCAUCAUCAUUGCCGUGAAGCCUCAGGUCACUAAGACGGUAUGCCAGGAGCUGGGCGCAUCUUGGGCUCAUCGUGCUACCCUGCCGAUUGUUGUAAGCAUUGCUGCUGGAAUCACUCUUGACAGCUUGCGAGAAUGGACCAAGACGAGCGAGGGCAAGACGGCGCCAAUUGUUCGUGUUAUGCCAAACACACCUGCGCUUGUUGGAGAAGGCGCAUCGGGACUCUAUGCAAGCGAGGACGUCAAGGAGAAUGAGAAACAGCUUGUUGAUGCUCUUCUGGGAAGUGUCAGCAAGGCUACCGAGUGGGUGGACAAGGAAGAGUUGCUCGAUGUCGUGACCGGAUUGUCUGGAUCUGGCCCUGCAUACUUCUUCGCCAUGGUUGAACACCUUAUUGCUAGCGCUACUGCUUUGGGUCUUCCGAAAGAGCAGGCCACUAGGCUGGCCAAGCAGACGUGUCUGGGAGCUGGUCAGAUGCUUGUCACAUCCUCAGACGAGCCAGCUCAGCUACGCAAGAACGUCACGAGCCCCAAUGGAACAACUUACGCUGCUCUACAGACAUUUGAAGCAUUGAAGUUCGACGAAAUUGUUGACAAAGCUGUCAAAGCCGCCACUUCCAGAGCUGCAGAAUUGGGUAAAUCAUAGAAGGAGAAUUGUGAGGAAAUAAAAGUAUUUUGCCAAUUUUUUUUCUUUCAAGACUUUGAGCCAGAAGAAAAAGGACAAGUGGAGGUAAAGAAGACUCAUUAAUACCAUGUUGCUAAAGAGGAAAUAAAAUAAUAAAAUGGGGUCCCUUUUCCGUGCUAUCGUCAUCACUUGAGUUCUCUGUGGGAUCCCUUUUCGGCCUUGUCCUCUUCACUUGAGUUUUGCGUGGA